UAACACUCGAUGUCGACACUUGAUAUGCUUGACACUUCAAUAAUCCAUUAACCUGUACAUGUCAAAGGGCAUAUUAUUCUAGGAAGAUAGCUUAUAGUUUUAUUUAUAUCGUUUGUUAAUAUUUUUUUAGCGAAAGUUUAUAGAAGCAGUAAUUAUUAGUGAUAAGAUACACAUUAUAGAGGUUAGUGUUAGGGUUAUGGUAAUUGCAAAAUGGCCCAUAUUCAUAAGGAUGUCUUAAAAAACUUUUAUAAAGGCUUUAGUGAUGAUCUUAGAGACCCUGAGACAUGUAGACAACUACAGAAAAAAUAUCAAAAAAAAGUGGCAUGUCUUCGCGAAGAGAUAGAUUUAAACAACGAUUCUUCGUCUAUAGCACAGUCUGUAAGAAACAUUGAAAGUAAUGCAGAAAAAAUUAAAACUGUUUUAGAAGAGGCUGAAACGGUAACAAAUGUAUUAGAUCAAUAUUUAGAGAAGUUUCGAGAGCCAGUGGCAUAUUUUGAAUCAAAUUUAGAUAAACUCAAUAGAUUAGAAUGUACACUUCAAUAUUAUAAAGUUUUAGAGCGGAUAGAGCAGUUAAAUGUAGCACUUCAAAAAGAAAUGGCAAAAAAAGAUGAUGAACAGUGUGCAACAAUUUAUGCAAAUCUAUGUGAAAUUAACAGGCACCUUUAUAACUCUACAGCACGUAAUUUAAGGGAACACCUAAAGGAAGUUAUACUACAUUGGCAUAAUCUAUUAAAAGAGAAAUUUACUAAAGACCUUGAAGAGGUGUUAAAAACAGUAAAAUGGCCAUUUGUAAAUGUUAAUCUUUCUCUGCAAGAACCUUCCCAGAAUAAUAUAAAUAAACUGCAGAUUGUAGUUGAGUAUCUUUUGCAAAUUCAACCACCUGAGGAAAUUAAAAUUGGGGAAGAAAAGUCAGGUAUACUUUCUGACUUUAUGCCUUUAUGUUUACCCUUAGAACUGAUGAUUAGCCCUCUUAGGAAACGAUUUUUGUAUCACUUUUAUGGUCCACGAAAGACCAAUCGUGUUGACAAACCUGAAUGGUAUUUCACCCAAAUACUUGCCUGGAUUAGAGAUCAUAGUGAGUUUGUUGAAAAAUGGAUUCAACCUGUAGCUGACAGAAUGGGGAUGCACUAUAUUGAUACAAAAAUUGAAUUGAUGCGAGGAUUAAUUCAGUUAGCAGUAGAAAAACUAAAUUCUGACUUACCUACAUUACAGUAUGAUGAUUUCACCUUUUCCCAUAGCGUUGAUGAGGCUUUAGGAUUUGAUAAAGAGCUACGAGAGAGCUAUGGCUAUCCACCAAUUCAACCUGGAAUACUUUGUGUUCUCACACAACCACAAAUAUUUGUUAAAUGGCUAUCAAUGGAAAAAAAAUACGCCACUGAAAAAAUGGAUCUUAUGUUGUCACCUAAUUCUCCAGAAGCUUUUGAACCAAUUUUAACUGAUAUCGACGACUUUAAAGUAACAACGUGUGCUGACAUGUUUAUAACUUUAUUGCAAACAAUGACUGAUAGAUAUGAAUUAUUACCUCAACCCGGUCAUCGAUUGCAAUUCUUAGAGUUGCAGUUAGAACUGCUGGACGACUUUAGAGUAAGGCUUCUGCAAUUGGUUCAUGCAGAAGAGGGAAACAUAGUCGAAUCCAGAGUUCCCAUGAUUGUCAACACCUUAUUUUAUAUCGAAAACGUAUUGAUAGAUUGGGGAUCAAUGUUACAUUUUUUAAACUUGUUCUACUACAAAAAUCAGUUAAAAGAUGCGGAAUGUAUGAACAACUCAGUGGAUUUUUGUGAUGCAAACGAAGAAAAUGUUUUAACCGAGGUAGACACAGACUCAGUGUUCGCAGAUACGUUAAGUUUAUAUCGUCACAUGCGGAUUGAUUUAAUAUGCAACAUAUCAGAAUCCGUUUUUAUGGAAUGCAGAGCUAGAAGUAGAGACUACAGACACGAAGCGUGGGGCUCAAUUACAAAGUAUAAAGAUAUUCGCAGUUUUUCCUUAACUCCAUCUGCAUGUCCAAUAUUUGAAAUAUUAGCUAUUAGACUACAUCAACUACAAAAGAAAUUAACUAGUAAACUUUUUGCGGCUACAUGGAAAAAUUUGGCAAAAAAAUUGGACGAAUUCUUUUUCGACGAAUUAGUAAUGGAAAACAGAUUCAACGAAGGCGGUGCCUUACAACUUAAAUAUGAUAUAACAAGGAAUUUAUUUCCUCUUUUUUCACAAUAUACGAAUAGUCCAGAAAUUUAUUUUUGGAGAAUGGAGGAAACCUGUUCGCUUUUGAAUCUUUCAAAGGGAUCUGCUCUUUUAUUAAGAGAAACUUUAAUAGCUCUGGAAGGAGCAACAGGAGUUGAAGACCAAAGACCACAGGCAUUAAAGGAAGUUGGUGUGAUCAAUUUUCCUCCAAGAAAAGUUAUUGAAAUAUUAAAUCGACGAACUGAUAUUACAAUAAACAGAUUAAAUACCAUUGAUUAACAAUUAAUUAUUUAUACUGUCAUUUUUGUGAUCUUCCUAAUGUUGUUAAUAUUAGUGGCAC